GUGUAACAUCAACUAAGUGUGAUUUUCUUGGAAUUUGGUUCUUUAGAAUAAAAUUGCUUUGACUUUCGACGACUAAGCUUUCGGUGCCCACCGAGCAACUCAACAUGCACGACGGCGGGGGUGCCACGAAUCCUGUAAAGAUUUUCGCAAAUAUCUUCAUUUCUUUCGUUGGUGCGGGCGGUCUUGGACUUCCGUUCGCUUUCAAAGAGGCCGGAAUCUUAGAGGGGGUGUUAAUUCUGGGCUUUGUGUCUGUAGUAAGUGUAAAAGCUAUGCUCAUGCUCAUCGACUGCAAGUACAAGCUGGAGGAAAGACUAGAUGUUCGCAGAAAGUUCAAAAUUGUCAGCAAAGUGAAAAUGGAUGAUGUUGAAGGGAAAGAGCUGCUCAAGAAUGAGGACACGGCAGCACAGAAUGGAUUAAACGGACAGCAUGGGAAGAGCUCAGCUGAGGAGACGGAGAGUCCGAAGAAUGAGAUAGACUAUGGAGAUGUAGGUUUCUACGCAUUAGGAAAUAAAGGAAAAGUACUUGUGGAUACGUCCAUUGUUGUGUCACAAAUAGGAUUUUCUUGCGCCUACCUCAUCUUUAUCUCAAGUAACCUCGUGACCUUUGUCCCCGGACUAGCCAAGCAUCAUUGGGUUGCUGUCAUGAUGGUCCCUCUGACGUUAUUGUGUCUGCUCAGACAUCUCAAUAGAUUAGCAUUGUUCAGCCUGUUUGCGGACUUUGCAAACAUAUUUGCAUAUUCCGUCGUCUUUUGGUUUGACUUUGAGCAUGUGAAGAAUGUGCGGAUUCAUCCCAAACAGAUGUCUAUGGUGGGAUUUCCUUUUUUCCUUGGCAUUGCAUUCUACUGUUAUGAGGGAGCUGGAAUGAUUCUUGCUCUUGAAUCCUCUGUUUUAGCCUCCAAAAGGCACAAGUUUAAAAAAAUUUUCAUAACUGCCCUGACAAUCGUCACAGUGCUGUAUAUUAGUUUUGGUGUGUGUGGAUAUCUGUCGUUUGGAGCAGAAACAGAAAGUAUCAUCACAUUAAACCUUCCUCCCGGUAUUCUUCCAGAGCUUGUUAAGAGCUGUCUCUGUUUCUCUCUAUUCUUCACAUAUCCCGUCAUGAUGUUCCCCGUGGUUAGCAUUAUCGAAUCCAGGCUAAUGCCUGACCCAAAUAAAAAUGAAAAACAUGGGAAUAUGCUGCGUUCAGCCAUGGUGUUAAUAACGGGUAUGGUGGUGAUUCUUAUACCAAACAUUGCAACGCUGAUGGCGCUGGUUGGCGCAACGUGCUGUACUCUUCUAGCUUUUAUCCUACCCGGAUUAUUUCAUAUGGAAAUAUUCAAAGAGUCUCUGACAAGAAGAGAGUGGAUGUUUGAUGUAUUUCUUAUAGUCAUGGGAAUCUUAGCGACUUGUCUUGGUACAUGGGACGCCUUAAAGCGUCUAUUUCCCUGGCUGGAAGCAAGCAGCCCUGAAGUCCUUCCGAGCUCCCUACAAGUACCCGUCAGUGAUCCAGUCAGUGAUCUUAUACAUGUAGCACACUCCGUUCAUCAAUCACUCAUCAAUGGAACAAACCAGCCUUAGCGCUGGUGUGCAUCGCCAUGUUUGACCAAAUUAAUAAAUAACUGUGACUGCCAUGUCACAUGAGGUAAUUUACAGGCAACUAGUUACAG